UCUCUGGGAGUAGGGAGGGGAUGUUUGAGGCUAUGGAGGUCAGUAGUUUGCAGUUACUCCCUGGGAAGAAGGAAUUUGUGCUGGUACACCCAGAGGGGAGGGGACCUAGAAGCUGUAAAAAGGGGUCUAGGGAAAGAGCAACAGAGUCUGAGGGAAAGCAGACACAGUUGCACAUAAAGGGUCCUUGGACUGGAACCAAAAAAAGUGGGUGGCUGAGGUUCCUCUAACAAUCACUGGAGAAGUGGCACAGAUGAGGCAAUGGAGCAUAGAUGCCCUAAAAUGGUUAUCUAGUGGGAUUUCAGAACCCUGGAAAGGUAGGAGUAUAGAGACCUGGCUGGAGGGCUGAGUCCCAAAGGAGCUCCUUGAAUCCUAGAGGGAGACCCUGGGGUGAGGAAGACCCUGAAGGAAGGCCAUCAGCCUCGCAGAGCUAAUCCCUAGAUGUGGCCAGAAGGAGGCACUCCAGCAGUGAGUAGAGCACCCCAUGACAAAUAGACAGAACACUUGAAAGAGAAGUUGGAGGAGUACAUGGCCCGUUUUACCAAAGUGAGGAUUGUGCGCACCAAGAAACGAGAAGGGCUGAUUCGGACCAGAUUGCUAGGAGCCUCGAUGGCUAAAGGAGAAGUCUUGACGUUCCUGGAUUCCCAUUGUGAAGUCAACGUGAAUUGGCUGCCUCCAUUGCUUAACCAGAUUGCACUAAACCACAAAACCAUUGUGUGUCCCAUGAUCGAUGUCAUUGACCACAAUCACUUUGGCUAUGAGGCACAGGCGGGGGAUGCCAUGCGAGGAGCCUUCGACUGGGAAAUGUACUACAAAAGAAUACCGAUUCCUCCAGAGCUCCAGAGGUCUGAUCCCAGUGACCCCUUUGAGUCUCCUGUUAUGGCUGGAGGUCUGUUUGCUGUUGACCGAGAGUGGUUUUGGGAGCUGGGUGGCUAUGAUCCAGGCUUAGAAAUAUGGGGAGGAGAGCAGUAUGAAAUCUCCUUUAAGGUUUGGAUGUGUGGAGGUGGCAUGUUUGAUGUUCCAUGUUCUAGAGUUGGACACAUUUACAGGAAGUAUGUCCCUUAUAAAGUUCCAUCUGGAACCAGCCUGGCACGAAACCUGAAGCGUGUGGCAGAGACAUGGAUGGAUGAGUUUGCAGAGUAUGUUUACCAGCGGCGGCCCGAGUACAGGCAUCUCUCAACAGGAGAUAUCUCAGCCCAAAAGGAGCUACGAAAGCACCUUAAGUGCAAGGACUUCAAGUGGUUCAUGGCUGCAGUGGCAUGGGAUGUCCCUAAAUAUUACCCUCCUGUGGAGCCCCCACCUGCUGCCUGGGGGGAGAUUCGAAAUGUGGCAGCCAAUCUCUGUGUGGAUAGUAAACAUGGGGCCACAGGGACGGAGCUGAGGCUAGAUAUUUGUGUGAAGGACGGCUCAGAACGGACGUGGUCACAUGAACAGCUCUUUACCUUUGGUUGGAGAGAAGACAUCCGCCCCGGGGAACCUCUUCACACCAGAAAAUUCUGCUUCGAUGCCGUUUCGCACAGUAGCCCUGUCACACUGUAUGACUGUCAUAGCAUGAAGGGUAACCAGCACUGGAGCUAUAGGAAGGACAAAACUUUGUUCCAUCCGGUAAGCAACAGCUGUAUAGAUUGCAACCCAGCUGAGAAGAAGAUUUUCAUGAACAGAUGUGAUCCUUUAUCUGAAACUCAGCAGUGGAUUUUUGAACAUAUUAAUAUGACUGUUUUAGAAAAAUUUAACGGCAAGGCCAGUUCCUAGGGAAAAAUACAGAUUACAUACAGAUUGCAAACAACAUUUUGGCCAGCAUCUGGGUCGAAGGAGUCAGGAAUUAAAUUUCCUAGAUCCAGGAAGUCUUUUCUGAGGAUUAAGCAAAUGCCAUGGCAAAGGCCAAUGGGCUGUCAUUGUGGAUGUACAGUAUCUGAAGAACUUGGCUGAGAGCCUCACCAGAUGCUGCUGAGAACUUCAGGCUGACAAUUCCCUUGCUGGCCAAGGGAAAACUUUAUUUAAAAAACUUUUCAAAACAUUCUGAGUUAAUAAAUUGAAACAAAAUUCUAGAGUUUCUCAGGUCAAAUCCUACUGUAGUGAAUAGUUAUGAAUGGAUGCUAUUGGGGUGGGUAUAUGGUGUGCAUGACUGCUAUGGGAACCUGCAGAAAUCACAGGUUAAGAACUAACCCACACUGGUGGAAUGCUAACAGUCCCCCAGCACUCCAGACAAACUAUAUGAUCUGGUGCCAUUCUCUUAAUAAAGGUUAGGUAAAGCGGGAUUAACCCUCAGAUUGCUGAUGAUGAUUUUAAACACUUCCCCAUUACAUUCCUUUCAUUACCAAAAUAGGAAUGGUAGAAAUAUAAGGGUUUAGAAUUCUGUUGUAAUGAAGCAUGAAAUAGACAUCUAAGGUUUCAAAAGUCCCAUUUCUCCUCAGCAUUUGAGAAAAAAAAAGUCCAUCAAAGCAAUUAAAUCAGAUUUCCAUAUAUGAUACAACCUACCUAACACUCAUCAACUGUGAUUCAAAUCUAGCCUUCAUCUAGAUUAAAGGCCAAAAGAUUAACAAGGCUACCAAAUCUUUAAGUCAUUCAAUAGCAGGUAUAUGCACCAAUAAUAGCAGCACAAUGCAAGGUUUGCAGAAAGGAUUUCCCCUGGAAAUCUAUAUUUACUUUUCCAGUAUUUUUAUUAAAACUAAAAUUGCUUUAAAUCAAAUCAAAAUAUUCAGAGACAUAAGAGGCAUCAUGGGUGACAGGCUAAUUGUUUAUUGUAAGUCAUAGAGACUUAUAGCCAAAUAAGCAUUGGUACACUGGUAUCAGCUAAAAAGUGUUGGCUCCCUGCAGUGCAGCUUACAAGAUCCUGCAGGAAUUAUAGGAGUUUUAGGGAGAGGGGGUGUUUUUGUUUUUUGCAAGGAGGUGGGGAGUCCUGUAAAACUAGUUAGCUCUUUUGCAGAGAACUUGAUGAAAUCAUUUUAAAAACCGUGACUGUGCCACAGUUUUCAGCUAAGGCAUUGCAAAUUUCUGGAUGGGGCCGUUAGGAAAUGAAAGCAAGUAUAAAAUUCAAAAAAAGUUCAGUAUUUUCACCUUUUAGUAGCAUAAACAAAACUAUCCAAUCCACCACAGAAUUUUCUUGCACUGAUUAUCGUUGUGGCAUAUAGUGUCCAUCAGCUCUUACAUAUUUUUGGCAUGGUCGGGGGAGAGUUAGUGGGUUAAAAAUUUGUUUAGAGAGGCCUGUUCUUCUUCAGUGGAAAUCAGUGAGUACCAAUGUGGGCCACAGUAAAGAGUUCUGGAAUUUCUAAAAUUAAGAGCACAUUUAAAUGGCCUGGUUUUACUUGAAACCUGAACCAACAGAUGAAAGCAAAGUGAAUGCAGACAUUAAAGCCUACACGAGAUGGCUGUAAUAGCACUUGUCACUUUCAAAAAUAUGUAUGAAAUUAAUCUGAAAACUUUGUAUUAUGUUGCUAGAAAUGUGGCCAGCUAACCAAAAUGUUCAUAUUUAAACUGUCCAGCCUGACAGUUGAAGGUGAUUUUGUUUUGUUUAUUGCUCUUUCAGCUGUAUCUGUGAUGAUGACUGUUAUCCACACUUGUGUGCUGUUUGUGCCUAUGGCUUCCAAACCUA